GUGAAAACAGUACGUAGGCACGAAUAUCGCUGCUAACUUGUUUAUUUUCCUUUUCCAUCUCCUACCGGCAUUCACAUUUUAUUGAAAAAUCCACUGUUUUAAUUUUUGAUGGAAGGAAUUUCUGUUUCCGGUAGGAAAUUCCUCGACGAAUGCUCUAAUUCGUGCGUGACACAGUGAAGUUAGAUCCCUAUGAUCACCUAGUCUUUUCUCGCCUGUAUCCAAGAUUUAUAACUGAAAUUAUUUCCUCAACAUUACCACAACUACGUUAUGUUUCACGACAAAGAAGACGAAGAUGCAGAACGUGAAGUAUCAGCUAAAGAACAAGUGUUCAAGAUCAUAAUAAUCGGCGACAGUGGCGUCGGAAAGACUUGCCUCGCUCAUCGAUUUUCCACGGGGAAAUUUCCUGAAAGGACAGAAGCAACAAUUGGGGUUGACUUCUGGGAGAGAUCGCUUACAAUAAACGGGUCGAGCGUUCGGUUACAAAUAUGGGACACUGCUGGUCAAGAGAGAUUUCGUAAAAGCAUGGUUGUUCAUUACUACAGGAAUGUGAGUGCUGUUAUUUUCAUGUACGACAUCACAAGGGAAGGCUCAUUCAGGGCUUUAGAAACCUGGUUACAGGAAUAUGAUCAUUAUGGACUCACUGAAAUUGAUGGUGAGGGCUGCUCAGUUCCGAAACUUAUGAUUGGUAACAAAUGCGAUCUUAUUCAUGAGAGAACAAUCAAUUCAAACGAAGCAAGAAAAUUUGCUGAUCUUCACAAUAUGCCAAUGUGGGAAAUUUCAACCAAGAAUGAUGAAGAACUGGAGACAAUUGAGUCCAUCUUUAUAACUCUUGCUCACAAACUCGUUAAGUCCAAAACUUUUAUGGAUCGGCCACUUCGUUAUACAAGUGAAGAUUCCAAUAGCCAGAGCACCAAAUCAAAAACUAGAUCAGGAAGAUUCAGAGGUUCACAGAAGAGAAUUAAACUCAAGAAUCAGUCAGGAGAACACAGGAAAAAUUGUUGUGAAUCCACAAAUGCUAAGCGAGAUCUUACAAGCAAUCCUUUAGUGCCGUUUCACCUCAAAAUGGAACUGAUGAGUAACGUAGAUCGAUCUGAAUAUUUCAAACAUCAAAGCGAUCUAAACUCAAGAAACUUCGCACGUGAAAUGGAUGACUACAGCUAUCUUUUCAAAAUCAUCUUGAUUGGAGAUGCAAACGUCGGAAAAACAUGCUUGGUGAAGAGAUUUGCUAAAGGUUUCUUUACACCUUCUCAGGGCCCUACAAUCGGCGUGGAUUUCACGAUACGAACUGUAGAAGUCGAUGGUGAAAAAGUUAAGCUGCAAGUAUGGGAUACUGCAGGCCAAGAACGCUUCCGUUCUGUCACACAGAGUUACUACCACAAUGCAGAUGGAGUCAUUGUAACAUAUGAUAUCACCAAUCGAAAAUCAUUCGACAACUUGCAACAACAUUGGCUUGAUGACGUCCAUAGAUUUACAAGCAAGAAAGUGCUUAUGUAUAUGGUAGGGAACAAGUGUGAUUUGUCACAAGAGAGAGAAGUGGAUUUUGGGAGUGUGCAAAUGAUUGCAGAACAAGAAAACUGUAUUGCCAUGGAAACAUCUGCCAAAGAAGCAGACAAUGUAGAGGACUUGUUUAUGAGUUUAGCUACACAGUUGAAGAGAAAUGUUAAAAAUGUGGAGGGUAACGAAACAAAAGACAAUCCAACUGCUGACGAGAAUGGCACUACUGGGGUUAACCUUGGAGGCCAUUCAAUUUGUGCGCGGGGACCCCUCUCUUGUUGUAGAGUAUAGAAAUAUUGACAGCAUUAAAGAUUCAAAAAACAUGGAUUAAAAAACUCAACAAAUUCCAAACCAUCCCAAGAAAGGAAAGACUUUUAUGUUAUUUAGGAAAGAGUUCAAUAACAACAUUUACAAUUUUGCAAAUUUUACCAUAGUGGGAAGAAUUAAACUUCUCUGUUUAUGAUAUUAAGUACAAAAGUAUAUUGGGCAUCAUGACCGCCUCUCCCAAAAAAAUCACUCAUAAUUUUCAAAAAGAUUCUAGUAUGUGAAAUGAACCCCAUAAUUUAUAGAAAUAUUGAUAUUAUAGUCACACAAAACAAGUAGACAAGUUUUCAUACCAGAUUCAGUCAAAUAUAUAUCAAUUGUUAAAGGGAAAAGAUCAUGUAUAUAUUGUAUAAAAUUAGUUGGUGAGGAACAUUUGUAUUCAAUUAUAUUUUUCUGUAUAAAUGACAAUUUUCUGCAAAGGAUUAUUAAAUAUCUUUCCAAGUGAAGCUACAUUACAACUGUAAAAUAUUUCUUUUUUUGCAAUCUGAGUGGAACAUUACCUUCUUAGGUCAUUUAACUGAAAAUUAAUUAUCUUUUUCUAAAGUCAACAAUUUUUAGAUCCUUUUAACCCUUUCCCAAGAUCUCAUUAGUAACUCUCCUUACUGUCUGCAAUAUAGUUCUUCUGAUGUUAGUUUGGAGAAUUUGAUAUUAGAUCAACUAAUAAUCCCCUAAAUAAAAUUUUUCUUGAUUCUCA